AUGCAUAUUGUUAGUCCCAUGAAUGCUCUUCAUCCAAAAGAUAACAAAUCCAAUGGUAUGCAUCUUCAUGGAUCAUUUAACGGAUACCGUCAAUCACACCAACAAAAUGAUCAACAGUCUCCUAAAGGAAAUGGUUUGAAUCAUGUUAUCAAUCCAAAUAUGGUUUUUGGUACUUUAUCAGAUGGUGCAAGAAUAGGCAAUUAUCAAAUUAUAAAAACUUUGGGUGAAGGUUCAUUUGGUAAAGUGAAAUUAGCUUAUCAUGUAACUACAAAUCAAAAAGUUGCUUUGAAAAUCAUAAAUAAAAAAGUUUUAGCAAAGAGUGAUAUGCAGGGAAGAGUAGAAAGAGAAAUUUCAUUCUUAAGACUAUUAAGACAUCCACACAUCAUUAAACUUUAUGAUGUUAUCAAAUCAAAGGAUGAAAUAAUUAUGGUCAUUGAGUAUGCAAAUAAUGAAUUGUUCGAAUAUAUUGUCCAGAGAGAUAAAAUGACAGAAAAUGAAGCAAGGAAGUUUUUCCAACAAAUAAUAAGUGCUGUUGAAUAUUGUCAUAGGCAUAAAAUUGUUCACAGAGAUUUGAAACCAGAAAAUUUAUUAUUAGAUGAGAAUUUGAAUGUGAAAAUUGCAGAUUUUGGUUUAUCAAAUAUCAUGACGGAUGGUAAUUUUUUAAAGACAUCGUGUGGUUCACCAAAUUAUGCAGCUCCAGAGGUUAUUAGUGGUAAACUUUACGCAGGUCCUGAAGUUGAUGUUUGGUCCUGUGGUGUCAUCCUAUAUGUAAUGUUAUGUCGCCGUUUACCAUUCGAUGAUGAUUCAAUCCCUGCAUUAUUCAAAAAUAUUAGUAAUGGUAUCUAUACAUUACCAAAAUUUUUAAGUGAAGGAGCUGCCAACCUAAUUAAAAAAAUGUUGAUUGUGAACCCUUUGAAUAGAAUAAGUAUGACCGAGAUCAUACAUGAUGAAUGGUUUAAAGUCGAUUUCCCGGAAUAUUUGCUUGAAUCUCAGGCUAAUUCCACAAGUGAAGAAUUAAUGAAAAAAGCGAAUAAAGAUAAUCAAAUUGAUGACAGAUUGGUCGAUGCUUUAUCCAAAAUUAUGGGUUAUGACAAGAAUGAAAUAUACAAUUGUUUAAGAACUGAAAUAGCAGAAGAUAGUAAUUCACCUAAUAGUUCCAUGGUAAGUGAGAUAAAAAAUGCUUAUACUUUACUUAAGGAAAAUGAACAAAUAAUGGAAAGUCAUGCUGACAACAGUAACUUUGAUACGAUUUUAUCUCAAACAUUGCCAUCAUUUCAACAAAGAACUCUUAAUAAAGGAAACAGUACAACUCCAGAUGAAGAAAGGACCCCAAUGUUUUUAACACAACACAUGAAUGAAGGAAAUUCUGGUGUAGCAAUUUUACCUACUUCUCUUCCUCAGUUACAUAGAGCUAAUAUGCUGAGUUCAGGUUUAUUGCAGAAUUCCAAUAUUCAUCCUUUGGUUAGCAAGAAAUCAAAGACUAAGUGGCAUUUUGGUAUAAGAUCUAGAUCAUAUCCUCUAGAUGUGAUGGGUGAAAUAUAUAUAGCUUUGAAAAAUUUAGGAGCUGAAUGGGCAAAACCUUCAGAAGAAGAUUUAUGGACCAUACGAGUUAGAUGGAAAUAUAGUGGUUCAAAUCAGAUCGCUAACAAUGAAGCAAAUAAUUCUCAAAAUCAAAAUAAUGAAAAAAUUCCUGAUUUAUUGAAAAUAGUUAUACAAUUAUUCCAAAUCGAAACAAAUAACUACUUAGUUGAUUUUAAAUUUGACGGCUGGGAAGAUAGUUCUGGUGCUCCAGUUACACCAUCUGAUAUAACUUCAGAUGAGAUUUCUGCAUUUUCUGCCUAUCCUUUCUUGCACUUAACAACGAGAUUAAUUAUGGAAUUGGCUGUUAACAGUCAAAAUGUAUAA